AUGACUAUCACAUACAACUGGUGGAAACACGCAACUAUCUAUCAAAUCUGGCCAGCAUCCUAUAAGGAUUCCAAUGGUGAUGGUGUUGGAGAUAUUCCUGGGAUUAUUUCCACUUUAGACUACCUCAAAGAUCUCGGCGUUGAUAUUAUUUGGUUAAGUCCAAUGUAUAUGAGUCCAUUUGAUGACUGUGGUUACGAUAUUUCUGAUUAUAAUCAAAUUCAUCCUCAAUUUGGUAGUUUACAAGAUAUGCAAGAUUUAAUUGAUGGUUGUCAUCAAAGAGACAUGAAGAUCAUUUGUGAUUUGGUUAUCAAUCAUACUUCUUCAGAACACGAAUGGUUCAAGGAAUCAAGAUCUUCUAAAACUAAUCCAAAGAGAGAUUGGUAUAUUUGGAAACAACCAAAAUAUGAUGAAAAUGGAAACAGACAACCACCAAACAACUGGAUGUCUCACUUUUCUGGUUCUGCUUGGCAAUUCGAUGAAUUAACUGGUGAAUAUUACUUGAAACUUUUUGCCAACUCUCAACCUGAUUUAAAUUGGGAAAAUGAGGAAGUUAGAAAUACAAUCUAUGAAACUGCCUUAAAAUUCUGGUUUGAACGUGGUGUUGAUGGGUUCAGAAUUGAUACAGCUGGUAUGUAUUCUAAAGAUCAAGAUUUCCCUGAUGCUCCAAUUGUCUUUAAAGAUCAAUAUUACCAACCAAGUGGAUUAUACACCAACAAUGGUCCAAGAAUCCACGAAUUCCACAAGGAAAUGUAUGAGAAGGUUACGUCCAAAUAUGAUGUUAUGACUGUUGGUGAAGUUGGACACUGUACUAGAGAGCAAGCUUUGAAAUAUGUUAGUGCUUCUGAAAACGAAAUGAAUAUGUUGUUCUUAUUCGAUCUUGUUGAUUUAGGAUCCGAUGAUGGUGAUAGAUUCAGAUACGAAGGUUGGACUUUAGACGAGCUCAAAAAGGCCGUUGAAAAUCAAUGUAAGUUCUUCGAAGGCUCUGAUGGUUGGUCAACUGUAUUCAUUGAAAACCAUGAUCAACCAAGAUCAGUUUCAAGAUUUGGUCAUACAAAAUAUGCUGAAAAGAGUGGUAAAUUAAUUUCUAUGUUGCAAACCACAUUGACUGGUACUCUUUUUAUUUAUCAAGGUCAAGAAAUUGGUAUGACCAAUUUACCUAGAUCUUGGUCAAUUGAAGAAUAUAAGGAUAUUAAUACCAUCAAUUACUACAAGGCUUUCAAGGAAAAGUAUGGUAAUGAACCAGAUUUCAAAGAAAGAGAAACCAAACUUCUCGAUCUUAUCAGUCUCUUAGCCAGAGACCAUUCCAGAUCUCCAGUCCAAUGGGACGAUUCUGCUUUUGGUGGGUUUUCAACUGUUGAACCUUGGACUAGAGUUAAUGACAACUAUGAAGAGAUCAAUGUUAAAUCUCAACUUGAAAACGAUAAUUCUCUUUUGAACUUCUGGAAGAAAUCAUUGAAGGUAAGAAAAGAACACAAAGAUUUGUUUAUCUAUGGUAAUUUCAAGGUUUUGGAUUAUGAUAAUAAGAAUACAUUCACCUUCGUGAAAGAAUUACAAGACAGUCAUUCUCCAAAGGCUUACGUUGUGCUCAAUUUCUCUACAGAUUCCAUCAACUUUGAGAAAUUGAUUGAUGGUGAAUUUUCUUUAAUUCAUUCAAAUGUUUCUAAACAUGAAAUCGAUCACGAUGUCUUAACUCCUUAUGAAGGUCGUAUUUAUAUCGUUGAUUAA